GGACAUCGGCGUUUUUGUUUAUAUUGUUUGUUGGCAAUUUCCAUUUAACAAGUGCUGACGAACAGGAGUUUGAUGAUCUUCAACUAAGCAAUGUCACUGCCCAUGCACUUAAGCGUAGCAAUAAUAACAAGCAAAGCAUAAAAGAAGUGACUCAGGCUAAAAUGGGGUUUCUAGGCGACUGUGUAAUCGUGUUCGUGUCGCAGAUGCUGUUCUUUGCCGGCGGCUGGCUGUUCUUCAAUAAGCAACUUUUUAAACACUAUGAAAUCCGUCACAUAUCUGUACAGUUGAUAUUCUCCUCAACAUUUGCGUUGUCCAUUACCAUGUUCGAGUUAAUCAUAUUUGAAAUUAUUGACGUAUUGGAAUCAAGUUCCCGUUAUUUCCAUUGGCGUCUGGGACUGACCCUUUUGUUGGUCAUGGUUACCGCCGUGAUACCUGUCUACAUUUGCUAUUCUGUGAUACACAGUAUUUCCUUCUUCUCCGAUAGAUGGGUCCGCAUUUUGACUACACUCUGCUGGUUUGUCUUCCUUUACGGACUUUGGCGCAUCGGUGAACCAUUCCCGCUGCUCAGCGCAUCGCAUGGCAUCUUUACAAUAGAACAGGGAGUGUCACGCAUUAGUGUUAUUGGUGUAACUGUCAUGGCCAUCCUCUCCGGCUUUGGUGCUGUUAAUUAUCCAUACACUAGCAUGACCUAUUUUAUCAAGCCCGUUUCGCGAAAUGACAUCAUAUGUUUUGAGCGCCGAUUGACUCUGACUAUCGACAUGUUGACGGCUAAAAAGAGGCGCAUUGCAAUGGCUGUCUAUAAUCAUAAUAAACAGCAUCCCACGAAGCCUCGAAUUUGGGAUAUGCUCACCUCAGCAGUGCAUCGCACAAAUAUCGAUGGGGAGGAUAUUAAUCAGCUAAAACUCGAAGUUUACGGCUUAGAAGAGUUGCAACGAUCUAUUUUUCUAGAGCUAAAUUCGCUCAAAAACAUGGAAGAGCGUCAACGCUGGUCGCAAACACUGCAGGGAAAAUACUUUAAUGUGCUGGGUCAUUUUUUUAGUGUCUACUGUGUCUAUAAGAUAUUUAUGUGCUGUAUUAAUAUAAUAUUCGACCGCGUUGGCCGUAAGGAUCCGGUGACGCGUGGCCUAGAAAUAGCUGUGCACUGGUGUGGCUUUGAUAUAGAUUUGGCUUUCUGGAACCAACAUAUAUCCUUCCUCCUGGUUGGCUGCAUUGUGGUUACAUCUAUACGUGGCCUGCUGCUCACGCUCACAAAGUUCUUCUAUCGAAUUUCUUCCAGCAAAUCAAGCAACAUUAUUGUAUUGAUUCUGGGUCAAAUAAUGGGCAUGUAUUUCUGCUCAUCAGUUCUGCUGAUGCGCAUGAAUAUGCCAGCCGAGUAUCGCGUGAUUAUUACAGAAGUCCUUGGCAAUUUGCACUUCAAUUUCUACCAUCGUUGGUUCGAUGUCAUAUUUCUGGUCAGCGCCCUGACUACCAUUAUUGUCUUGUAUUUGUCGCGCAAACCGGUUCGCGUGGACGAUACAGACUUGAAUUAAACCAAAAGAGAGUAAAGAUCAUGAUAUGUUAUGAUAAGCUAGGCACAAUUCAGUUAAACAUAUUUAAUGCAAGCUUUA